AUUUUAUCAUCAAUGGUGGAUUAGGGAGCAAAUGCAACAAAAAUGACGAUUCUCUUCAGCAGCUCGGGACGCCCCUACUGUUCAACCGAUGCCAAAGUGCAAGCUGUCUUACCCCAACUGUCUGAAAUUAGACUCGUCGCCUUAACUAAACAACUCGCGAGAAAUCGAAAACAGCUAUAUUUAGAACAGGGCAAUGCCAUUACUGAAUUAGGGAGAUCAAAACAUCAUAUUGACAGAGAACGUAAACUUGCAUAUGACCGACUUUCUUACAUCAGCGGACCUUUUAAAAAGUCACUGUUUAAUGUCAAAGGUGUGCAAAAGUGCUUAGAAAGGCGAAAAACUGACCUGAUGCUGGUUGAAACACCGAAAAUGUAUGGAAGGUACGGUGGUUUAGAGGUAAAAUCCUUAAAAGGAGAUAUUGACGUCGUAAUGAAGGAGUACUCAUACCAAAACGUGAAGAUGAGACGCUGUAAGAAACUUCUCGCAGACAGCAAAGCCAACGGAAGAAUAAUGAACCCGAAUCAUUGUUUGCCCGUUUUAGAAGCGAUAUUAAACCGCCCCCAGAUGGCGAUGCGCCGUGAGCGAGCUCUUGGAUUCGAUUCACCCUCCCCGACUCCGUCUGACGAACGCGAAGCGGAAGAAGAACCGCCGCGCCCUCCGAGGACCAAUUUCCGGUUGCCGCCAGUUACGGCGACCCGGCUUUAUACCCCAGCUAAGUCAAAACGCGGGAGUCCACAGAAAGGCGCCAUCGCGGAAGUUCCACAUAUGGAAAGAGCAUAUACUGUAAUAUGACAUGUACAUUUCUACAAAUGUGUCUACACACGAAGUAGAUACGGUUUCAAACUAUCUUUACAAAUUAAAAAUUAUAAAUUAUAUUUGAUAGUUUUUAUACGCC